AUGCCUAUGUCUUCUCUUCCGGCAGCCAUUCUGUCUCACAUGAUAGCUGUGAGCGACGUGCCUCCUCCGCCACUUCGCAGUAUUCCAAACUUGCAAAAAUCUAGGAUCAUUGAUUAUGGUCAGUUGAAUGCAUUAUGCCACUUGAGAAGAAUGCAACCCAGAUCCCGAACCAAUAUUCUAUCAGCGCACAAUGUGUUUAUGAAGCAAUAUCCUAAAAUAUUCGUGCAGAAAAAAGUCAGACUGCCUAAACUUUUCAAAGAGGAAGAGGAAAGAAUACCUGCUGAAGACACAGAGGAAAGUAAACCUCCACAACCUGAUGAUUCCCACAAUAUAGCUAUCCAUGUUAAGAAGGCACGUGGUGGCCGUACUUUAUAUGGACCAAAAAAAUUUGAAGAGAAGGUAGUACAAUUCAUGGCUAUUUUAAAGAAAUUGCCCAUUCAUAGGACUCCAUCUGAACACAACAUUGUGUGGAAGAUGCUGAAAACAAUUCCAGAUUUAACCUCUCAACUACUUGAUGAGCAUCUUAAAAUACUUAGUAGGAAUGUCAUUUCUGAAACCUGGAUAAAAGGCAGCACAGUGAUUGGAAAUGAUGGAUUUUAUAUAAUACUGAAAGGCCUAGCCCGACCUCAAAUACAAAUAUAUAAAAAUACGAUUGAAGAACAUGAGUCUACAACCUCUUUCAUACCUCAGAGUUUUCACAGCUUUGUUUUCAGUGAAGACUUCAGAAACCCUCUGCUGACUGGGGUUGGUCCCAUGCUUGGACAAUGGAGUACCUUUGGAACCUUGGAAGUUGCAGCUCAUGUUGAAUCAGAAACAAGGGGGUACUCAGUGGUGACAGAAGAAGACUGUGAAAUUCUUAAAAUUUCAGCAAAUAAUUACGCAAAGUUAAAAACGGAAAAGACAAGACUGGAAAACCAGCAUAAGGUGAAGUUAAUCCAUAAGUGUCCAUAUUAUGUGGAGUGGCCUACUUUAUCCAUAUAUGAACUAGUUACGUUCACUAAAUGGAAAAAAUUUCCCCCAGGUCAUGUGAUCGUGGAAAGUGGAAAUAUAAUUUCUUUUGUGGCUUAUAUUAAUUCUGGAUAUUGUAAGAUUUACAGAAAUAUCAUAGGACUUUCAAAACCACAAUCAAGAAAAGUGAAAAAAAUUAAGAAACUUGUUUAUAUGGGUAGACUUAAUGAGAAGGAGUCUUUUGGUGAGAUAAGUGUUCUUCUUCAAGUUCCUUUCACAUGCACAAUAGUUACUGGAAAAGAUGUUGAGAUGGCAGUUAUUGAAGAUAAGGACCUACAUGAGAAAAAGAAAUGGGCCCAGUGUUUGCAGCUCCCAGGCUUUCGAGCACAGGCUCAACAGUUGCGGUGUAUGGGCUUAGUGCUCUGUGGCUUAAGGGAUCAUCCGGGAUCAGAGGUGCAGAGUUCGUGCCUGUUGCACUGGCUGAUUUUUACCACUGAGCCAUCAGGGAAGCCCUUUGUGUUGCGGAUUCUGUUCAUGAUGCCAACUGUCUUGCCGUUCCGACUGUUCACUGAUCCCAGGGUAGGCGAGGCUGGAGCUAAGGGGCUGGGAGAAGACGCAAGGAGCUGUAGGAGCUACAGACACGUUCUCUGUCUCCUGGCUGGCAGGGCAGCGGUAGCAGCAGCCAUAACAGAACCACAGUGUAGCCAUAACGUACCCUCUUAUAGCAUAACCAUGAUGUCGCUCCAGCGUGGCCCCGAUGCAGCAGCAGCCGGGGCUUUCAUGGGGACGCUCAUGCAGGCGAACCGCACAAAGUAG